AUGGAUAUGUUCAAUGUGAAGCAACAGUACUAUACUGGUAACUACAAGGAAGCGCUUUCAUACGUUGAAAAACAAGCAGAUGACAACUCUGAAGUUGCCGAAUUCUACAAAGCCCAAUGUCUACGAGCUUUAGGCCAAAUUGAAUCUUUUCAAAGCCAAAGCUCGCUAAAACCGGUUUUGGAAGCAUAUGUGACAGCCUUGGAAUCCGGUAAUCUGUCCGCUCUAGAAAAUGCGGUCUCAACGCACAAAUCGCUGUUCAGUCUUAAUUUCCUUGCAUCGGCAUUGGCCGCGCAGGGAGAGCUAGAAUCAGCGCUUCAAACUUGCAACGAGGGCCUUACUGGGGAAUUGGGACCUGGUGCUACCGAAUUGGCGUUGCUAGCUGUACAAAUUGCGGUCUUGGACCCUCGUAAGGCUUCCAAAGGUGCUCAGAUCUUGCAAAACUAUCUGGCAGCUACUGAAGACACCUAUUCCAACGAUGACGAGAUCAUCAUCAAUUUGGCCGAGUCCUACGUGAACUUUGCGCUGGGACGCGAGGUUUCCGGGUCGAAUUUCUACUUUUUCGAAGAGCUUUCGCAAACGUUACCAUCCUGGAAAACGCAGCUGGCACUGUUGAGCUCGCAUUUGCAGCAGAGCAACAUACCUGAGGCCCAGGCCAUUGUGGACCUAUUGGAGUCAGAGUUUUACCAAACUCAAACCGAAUCUGCCAAACUCUACACUACUGAGCUAAUGGCCAACAAGAUCACCCUGGCUGCAAUGCAAGGUCAACACAUCGAUGAAAUCAGACAAAGCUUACUAGAGAUCAGUCCAAACCACCCUCUGUCUCAGGAUUACAACACCAAUAACGCCAAAUUUGAUGAAAUUGUUGCCAGAUACGCCUGA